GGGACUUUAGGACGUCAAAAUGUUGAAGAACAUUCACGAAAGGACAGUGAAGAAGGUAAAGGGUAACCACUAUGUGGCAACACACGGUCGUGAUACGGUUGAUCUACCGUACGCACAGGCCAACCGAGGAUACUCCACUGACGGCGAAGACAGCCAACGGGCACCGUCGGAGCGAACCCUGUCCGAGUACACGGUAGCGAACGAACGGGCAACACCACCAACAGCACCGGCCAGAAAGUCACGCUCGGAACACAAGUACCAGAACAACAGCACCAAUGGUGGCCCACGGCCCCUAUCUAGUCCACCGACGCGUGCCCCACCGCGGGCACCGUCGGCGCUCAGUUAUGAUCACGGCGGUGAAACUGGUAGCGACAUCUACGUCACAUCCGCGGCCUAUAAGGCACCGUCGGAAAUAAGUCGUUACAGUGCCCAUCGGACGCAUCAAUCCCGCGGACCACGUAGCGUGUACAGUGUGGCCAGCACGACCAAAACCGGCCGCAGCUCACGACGACACGGUGCCAAGGUAGAAGCCAUGUCCGCACCGAACCCAUUCUGCCCCAAUGUGAAGGGUGUCUGCUGCCUGAUGCUUCUGCUCAACCUCGGCCUGAUACUGAUCACGCUCGGAUUCGUCAUUGUGAUGCAGUUUAUGGAGCCACUAUUCGUUUGGAUCCUGGGAGUAGUUUUCUUGAUCUUUGGCUUCGGAACACUGAUCGGCAGUAUGAUCUACUGUGUGAUCGUGUGCCGAGACGCUAAGACGCCUUCACAGCUAAAGAACGAGGAUCUGUACUGGACGAAGCAUUGGCAGAAGAGCAUUGGCUAUACGCCGCAGGAGAUCGACUACAAGACGGAUCGGUUCGAUGAGCGUGAUCGAUACUCGGAUCGGUUUUCGGUUAGCAAGAUGAGUGGCAAAUACUCCGACCGUGACAUUACACGCUACUGAA